CGUUUAGUCAGUCACAUGGUUUCUUUUCCGGUCUCCCGUGACAGUUUGGAGCAAAUAAUCGCAGCACAAGGCGUGUCAUGACCCCGUGUUGUUAUUGGGCAUAUUCCUUCGCGGGCCUCAGCUCUCAGCUCGGUGCCGACCACCGUCCCGCGACGACAACAGCCAGCACCAAGUGGACGUAAAGCGGACAUCAAACUCAAGACGAGUGUGUUUUCAAGCAGGAAGUGGGCCACUGUUUGUCGAGUGACGGUCGCGGCAAACUGAGGAAGCGGCCAUGUCAAACGAACGCAGCCCCCUCAUCACUUCAGGGGUGUGCGGUCUGAGCAUGGCGACCUGCGGCACCGUAGUGGACACGUCCCCUGACUGCAACUCUCGGACGCCGAGUAAAGAGCCCCGAAAGCUCGACACAUUUUUCGGUGUGAUGGUGCCGACCAUUCUCUCCAUGUUCAGCAUCGUGUUGUUUCUGAGAACGGGUUUUGUUGUUGGCCACGCGGGGCUCCUGCAAGGCCUUCUGAUGGUGGUGGUCGCCUAUGUCAUCAUAAUGCUUACCAUCCUAUCGAUCUGCGCAAUUUCUACCAACGGCGCCAUACAGGGAGGCGGCGCUUAUUACAUGAUCAGUCGAUCACUGGGCCCUGAGUUCGGAGGAAGUAUUGGUUUAAUGUUCUUCUUAGCCAAGGUGUUUGCGUGUGGGGAAUACGUUCUUGGUCUUGUGGAAGCUAUUCUUGAUGUGUUUGGCGUGGAUGCAGAAACAUCUGUGUCCGAGGGCGUGCGCGUGCUCCCUCAAGGUUACUGGUACACUGUGCUCUACUCGUCGGUGAUCCUCCUGCUGUGUCUGGUGGUGUGUCUGGUGGGCGCCCACAUCUACUCCCGGAUGGCCUUCGGCAUCCUGCUGUUGGUCACCGUUUCGCUGCUGUCCGUCUUCAUCAGUUCUGUGGCCGUCAAACCUUUGGAUUUUAUCAUCAGUCACCCGGGUCCUGGCAAUCAGACCCUGCGUUACAAUGCCAGCUACACCGGCUUUAACGUGACCACACUGAAGAACAACCUGGGCUCUGGUUACUCACUGGACUACAGCACCAACAAAGUCAUGUCAUUUGCCACCGUGUUUGCCGUUAUGUUCACCAGCUGCACUGGAAUCAUGGCUGGAGCCAACAUGUCAGGGGACCUGGAAACACCAAGUGUGUCCAUCCCCAAAGGAACCAUCGUGGCCGUCAUUUACACCUUCAUCGUCUACAUCCUAUUCUUCCUCUUGGUCAGUGCCACUUGUGACAGAACUCUUUUGAUUCAGGAUUAUGGUUUCCUCCAGCGAAUUAACAUCUGGCCACCGUUUGUGACCAUUGGCAUAUACUGCGGUGCUCUGUUUGCCGCAAUGUGCUCCAUGAUAGGAGCAUCCCGUAUCCUGCACGCUCUUGCUGUGGACCAACUCUUUGGUUUGCCAUUAGCACCUGCGACGAUCACUACAAGCUCGGGAAACCCGUGGAUGGCAGUGCUUUAUACGUGGGGGCUGGCACAGGGUGUGGUGUUUGCAGGCCAGCUCAAUGCCGUCGCCAGCUUGGUGACCGUUUUCUACCUGCUUGCCUACGCAGCUGUUGACCUCGCUUGUUUGGCGCUUGAGUGGGCAUCGGCCCCAAAUUUCAGGCCAACCUUCCAGUUUUUCUCGUGGCACACAUGUCUGCUCGGGAUCCUGAGCUGCUUAGUCAUGAUGUUCGUCAUCAACCCCGUCUACUCAUCAGGCAGCAUCGUCCUCCUGUUGGUUCUGCUGUUUUUCCUCCACUACCGCUCUCCCACCAGCAGUUGGGGCUACAUCAGCCAGGCCCUCAUCUUCCAUCAGGUGCGCAAAUAUCUACUGAUGCUGGAUGUGAGGAAGGACCACGUGAAGUUCUGGAGGCCGCAGGUGUUGUUGAUGGUGGCCAAUCCGCGCUCUUCUUGCCAGCUCAUCCUGUUUGUCAACCAGCUAAAAAAGGGAGGACUCUACGUGCUGGGCCACGUGCAGCUCGGAGAUCUGGAUUCACUGCCGUCAGACCCCGUGCAGCAGCAAUACAACUUCUGGCUAAGCUUAGUGGACAAGCUCGGGGUGAAGGCCUUCGUCGACCUGACGCUCUCGCCGUCUGUCCGACAAGGAACGCAGCAUCUUCUACGCAUCACGGGCCUCGGCGGCAUGAAGCCCAACACUCUGAUCUUGGGUUUCUAUGACAGCUGCACCCCCGAGGACUUCUUCCUCCAAGAUACCGCCUUCUGUGGCGCAUCCGUAGGACAAGGCCCAGAAGGAGAGUAUAAUUUCGGGGUUGACCUGCCUUCUUUACAGGCCCAUUUCCCUCCCGUUCGACACGUCGAGAGCCCUCGCUGGCUCUCCCCCGAAGAGUACGUGGGGAUCAUCGCAGACGCCGUCAAAAUGAACAAGAACGUGUGCCUCGGCCGCUAUUUUUUCCACCUGGAGGGCGAAGGGAAGCAGAGCAAAGUGGACGGCUCGGAGCGGACCAUCGACGUGUGGCCUCUCAACCUGCUGCAGCCGGGCUGUCGAGAUUACCAGGACGUGUGCAGCCUCUUUUUGCUUCAGAUGGCCUGCGUGCUCAACAUGUCCAGCAAGUGGCGCCACGCCCGAAUGAGGAUCUUCCUCAACGUGGAGACGGAGUCCAGCGACCAGGGAUGGGUGGUGGACGAGGAGACCUUUCGAGAGUUGCUCAAGAAGCUUCGCAUCCGAGCGUCCAUCAAGAUCGUCCCGUGGGACUCGGUGGUGCAACACCACGCUCAGACGGAUACCGAGGCCGGGAAGGAGCACGGCCACGCCCUCUCUGACCACUUCCUGUCUGCGGUGAACUCGAUGUUGAUGGAACACAGUUCUCAGGCUGCCGUUCGCUUCCUCUAUUUGCCGCGGCCCCCCGCUCAUCACAGCCAUUCCCAGACGUACUUGGCCCAGCUGGAAGCAGUGACCAACGGUUUGGGUCCGACGCUCCUCAUCCAUGGCGUCACCCCGGUGACCUACACGGAUCUUUAAAUCUUGCCUGACUGUUUAUGUACUCUAUAUAUAAGCACCGAUUCCACGUGGAUGCAAUGGUUCAACAAAGCUUACACUCGACAGACACUUGAUUUGAUGGACCAAAUGCGAUCGGGUUAAAAUUCUCAGAGCGGUUGAUUAUUUCACACUUAACAUAUUUAUUGUGGAUGGAGUGAAAAUGGUGUCCACCAAAUGCAGUGUCUGGUGAGCGUAUGACACUCACUGUACACAGUGUGUUACUCUCAGCCGAGUGUUAAACGCGCACUUUUGAUGAUCUCACAUUCUCGUAGGAUGUGUUCCUACUUUCAUGCACUUGAACUGCUUCGCUGAUUAAAACGAUGUUUACCGGCCUAACUUAUCGUACCGUCUGCUGACCGUUCGGGUUGACUGUGUUACAGAGCCUUAAAAACAAAAACAACAAAACAAUUUUGACCAAUUCAGGUCCUUUAAAUAUAGAAAUGCCCAAGUAUUGAGGCACAUUUUCAGGGAUGUCAUUCCGAAUUUUGUGGUAUUUAAAAGACAAUGAUAAUGGUGUAUUGUCUGUUUUAAUGGAUUAAUUUUUGUCAUUUUUUUUGCAGGACCCAGUUAUAGCAAGUCUUUUUUUUUUGGCGCUGAAUUGAUUGGAUUCAUCAAUGUUACCUCAAAUAAGUUGAGCUUUUUCAGUAUUUAUGCAAGAAUUGGGAACAACUCCGGCUGUCUUGACUUCUGGUGGAUAUUUUGUUUACAUUCUUUUGCUUGAAGGUGCAAAACAUUCAAGUUCAGCCCGAGAUGAGACACCAGGACCAACGAUAUGGAUCAAAUUAGGUCAAAAUUGUAAAACAAAGGUUACUCGGUUCUUGUACCACCGCCACAAAGUCCCGAAAACAAUUUCUUGUGUUUGUGUUUUCAGUUGUGUUUAAUGCUGCAUGUUACCUCAUUACAAACAGAAAACUGCCUAAAAAAAGAA